ACGGUCACCAUAAAUUGGCAACACUGGCCCCGGUCUGAAAUAAGCCAAUUUGUAUUUAAGCCCAUUUAUCUGAGUUAAAAGCCAGCUCGGGAUUAACAGGUGAUUCAUUCAGUAUGCCCACCAUUGGAGUUAAACGGGAUCUGCUCUUCGAGGCGCUCGGCAAGACGUACACCGAUGAUGAGUUCCAGGAUCUCUGCUUUGCCUUCGGUUUGGAGCUGGACGAAGUGACCACGGAGAAGCAGAUGCUGACCAAGGAACAGGGCGAUGUGGCAGCGGCGGCCAAUGCCAGCGAGGAGAUCAUCUACAGAAUCGACAUACCCGCCAAUCGUUAUGAUCUGCUCUGUUUGGAGGGUCUGGUCACGGGUCUGCUGGUGUUCCAGGGAAAACUCAAGCCGCCUAAGUUCCAAUUUGUGGAGCCGGCCAAGAGGCAGGUGCUGAAGAUUGACCCUUCGACGGCGCAGAUCCGUCCCUACGCCGUGGCCGCUGUGCUUCGGAACGUGACUUUUACGCAGGCCUCCUACAACAGCUUCAUCGAUCUGCAGGACAAGCUGCAUCAGAACAUCUGCCGCAAACGUACGCUAGUGGCUAUCGGAACGCAUGAUCUGGACACCCUACAGGGACCCUUCAGUUACGAGGCUCUGGCGCCGGAUCAAAUCAAGUUCAAGCCACUUAACCAAACCAAGGAAAUGACUGGCAGCGAGCUUAUGGAAUUCUACUCCACGCAUGCGCAGCUGAAGCAAUAUCUGCCAAUCAUUCGGGAAUCACCGGUUUACCCAGUGAUCUACGAUGCCAACCGUGUGGUGCUUUCACUGCCGCCCAUCAUCAACGGUGAUCAUUCCAAGAUCUCGCUGAAGACCAAGAACGUGUUCAUCGAGUGCACGGCCACGGAUAGAACGAAGGCGAAGGUGGUGCUGGACACCAUUGUAUGCCUCUUCUCCGAGCACUGCGCCCAGAAGUUUACCGUGGAGCCGUGCGAUGUGGUGCAACCCGAUGGCAGUGUGAUCUCCUAUCCGGAACUGGAUGUGCGCGAGGAGCGGAUAUCGGUGAAGCGCGCCAAUGCCUAUAUUGGCAUCGAUGAGCCGGCGGAAAAGCUCGCAGAUAUGCUGACGCGCAUGUAUCUGGAGGCCAAGGUCGAUGGCGACUCGCUGGUGGUUAAGAUCCCGCCCACUCGUCACGACGUGAUCCACGCGUGUGACAUCUAUGAGGACGUGGCUAUUGCCUACGGCUACAACAACAUUAAGAAGUCGCUGCCUGCAUUCAUGCAAAUAGCCAAGCAAUUCCCACUGAACAAACUGACCGAGCAACUGCGCGAACAGGUGGCCCAGGCGGGCUUCACCGAGGCGCUGACCUUCACGCUCUGCUCACGGGAUGACAUUGGACGCAAGCUGAACAAGAACAUCGACGCCCUGCCGGCCGUGCACAUAGGCAAUCCCAAGACCCUGGAAUUCCAAGUAGUGCGCACGACCCUAUUGCCCGGUCUUCUCAAGACGCUGGUGGCCAAUCGAAAGAUGCCGCUGCCACUGAAGCUCUUCGAGAUCAGCGACGUGGUGGUUGCGGAUGAGAGCACGGAAGUUGGUGCCCGCAAUGAGCGAAGGGUGUGUGCUGUAAACUGCAAUAAGACCGCCGGCUUUGAGGUAGUCCACGGCCUGCUAGAUCGCGUGAUGCAAUUGCUCUCUGUGCCCUGGAAAUCGGCUAGCGGCACCAAGGGAUAUUACCUUCAGGCUACAGAGGAUCCCAGCUACUUCCCCGGUCGCUGUGCUAAUGUGAUGUACGACGGUGUUGUCAUCGGCAAGAUUGGGGUUUUGCAUCCCACAGUGCUGCAAGCCUUCGAGCUGACCACGCCCUGUUCGGCGGUGGAGUUCACCAUUGAGCCUUUCGUCUAAAAGAUUGAAGCGAUUUGUUCAACAUUUUCUAAGAAAAGUUCACAAAUAAAUUAUCACAAAUUAAUAAAUAAA